GUUGGUAUUUUGGGAUAGUGUAACCGAAAUGACCUUUUCCUCCUGAAUAUAAGCCCGAAAAAUAAUGGUGUGUCAGAUCAUUUAAGACAAAUUUUUUUUUUUAAAAGGUUUUUAUUUUGUUGUUACAACAGCUAUAUAAGUCCAUAAAAAGGAAUGGAAAGAAAAUAAGCGAUAACCCAAAAGGGAGGAUAGGGCAAAAUUAGCUAAUAAAGUGAUGAUAGAACGAUGGAAUGAUCAUACGCGGUAGCCUUAAUUACAAAUAAUGCUUCAUGUGGACGAUGAAAAAUUUCUCACUUCAUAUUUUUUUUUAUAUAUUAAAGAGUGCUGAACAUUUUGACUUAAAAAAAAAAGUGUUGAACAAUAUUUUUUGGAUGAUUGAAAGUUUAUUUAUGUUCUUUAUUUAGAUCGAAAAGAUUUGAUCAUGGGGUGGACUUGUUUGGCCGUCUAAAAUAUUAUAAUUUACAACCAACGUUUCAUCUGUGUAAAUUAAUGUGUUUACAACGUCGAAAAAGAAUCUUCAAGACUCUGAAGCAAAGAUUUGGGUGGAAAACCAAAGCAAACAGUCAGUAAAAUAACUUAUCCAUUUGCUUGAGAAUUUACGUAUUAAAAAUUAAAUUCGUUUGUUUUCGUCCCGAAACACUCUACUGAUUUUUUUUUUUUUUUUGUAACUUGUUCUUCAAGUAAACUGAAACAGAAUAAUUUGAUGAUUUGCAUUUUCAUUUCUCUCUCUAUAGAUAUAUAUAUUUCAAUUUGGAAAUCAUAAACUUUUAUUUUAUUUUUCUUCCUGUUUAUUUCUUUUUUAUUUUGAUUUGAUGAUAAUGACAUACGGCAUGAGGCAAAGAUGAGUUGGAAGCUUAUGCAAAAUUUUGUUUUCUUUUAUAUAUUGAAAGAAAGAAUGAAAAGAUUUGCAUAUUUAUGAGAAAAUAUAACUUAUAUAUAUAUAUUAUAUAUGACUUCUAGUAUAAAUGUGGUUAAUUAAGAGUUGAUCAUUCUGUCAAUUAUCAAUAUCACUUUGUUAUUAUUCAUUUAUAGUCAUAGGAGACUUGCACAAUUCAAUUUUCAAUAUGAAACGGAGGGAAAAAAGAACUACUCUCAUAAUCAAAAUUCAACAAUUGUACAUGUUUUACACCCACGUCUUGUCGCCAACGCAACAAAAAAACCCUCAUCCAAAAGCCUCCCAAAUAAUAAGGCUUUUUAGGGCACGUCUUCUCGAGGGGUAAUUAAGUCAACUCCCUAAUAUUGAGCCACUGUCCAUAAACCGGUAAUCAAAAUACUAAUGGGAAAUUACGAAAGGGCAGGAUUGGCAAUUCAAGUCUUUAAAUUAUUAUUAUCCCCAGUUUAAGAUUCCUCCCGCUGGGAGCUUCAGAUCGUCAAGCGUUCUUUGUUCGUUAACCACUGAAAAACCAGAGGAGAGAAGAGUUUCACUGGGAAUAGAAGGCAAUUUUUUUUUUUUUUUAGGAAAGAAAGAGAGAUAUCAAAGAACAAGCAAUCUACUGAGCUCAGCUAAGUAAGAGGGGAAGUUGGAGAAUCUACUUGCACUUUUUUUUUUUUUUGGGGAAUCAAAAUACAUGGGUUCAGCAUCUGAAUUGCCAGCUGAGAGAAGUUAUAGCAAGCCCUUUGGAAUUCUAUUCUUGGAAUACAUUAAGGGAGCGAAGCUUUCCCAUAGAAGUCAUCGAGCAAUUGUCUUGAUUGUAACAUUUUUGGCUUACACUAGCUACCAUGCGACAAGGAAAACCACCAGCAUUGUCAAGAGUGCCCUUGAUCCCCAAUCAUCUGAUGUAGGCUUGAAGUUCCCAUGGAGGAUAACAUACCUUAGCGCACCUGCUGAAAGCAAAAGACUUUCGUGGGUUCUAGGAGAUGGUUGGGCCCCAUUUAAUGGAUCUGAUGGGACGGCCUUGCUUGGUGAACUCGACGUAGCCUUUCUCGCAGUAUAUGCUUUUGGGAUGUACUUCUCUGGACACUUGGGUGAUAGACUGAAUUUAAGGAUCUUUCUGACGGUGGGAAUGGUUGGAACUGGCUUGUUUACGUCACUAUUUGGUGUUGGCUACUGGGCUAAAAUCCAUAGUUUUUACUAUUUCUUGGUAGUACAAACGAUUGCUGGUUUAUUUCAAUCGACAGGAUGGCCUUCUGUUGUUGCAGUAGUUGGUAACUGGUUUGGGAAGAAAAAGAGAGGACUAAUUAUGGGUAUAUGGAAUGCUCACACAUCUGUUGGGAACAUUACUGGUUCUUUGAUUGCUUCCGCACUAUUGAGCUAUGGAUGGGGUUGGUCCUUUGUUGUGCCAGGUCUGCUUAUUGCUUUCAUUGGCAUGCUGGUUUUCCUUUUGCUGCCUGUUAGUCCUGAAUCAGUUGGAGCUGAUAGAGAAGAAGAUGAAGUGGAUUCUCCUAUGAAGAACGAAGAGGAAGUAACAGAGCCUCUAUUAGGCUCGGAUACUGAGCUUAAGGAAAAAGCUGUGGGGUUCUUAGAAGCAUGGAAAAUCCCGGGGGUUGCUCCGUUUGCUUUUUGCCUCUUCUUUGCCAAAUUGGUUGCUUACACAUUUCUCUAUUGGCUUCCAUACUACAUUAGCCAUACAGCGAUUGAGGGAAAAUAUUUAUCCAAUGAGACUGCCGGAAACUUGUCAACAUUUUUUGAUGUUGGAGGGGUGCUCGGAGGAAUCUUAGCUGGACACAUUUCUGAUCGCCUAGAUGCCAGAGCCAUAACAGCCGCAACUUUUAUGUAUUGCUCUAUCCCUGCUCUCUAUUUCUAUCGUAGUUACGGACACAUUUCCUUGGCAAUGAACGUAGCUCUCAUGUUCAUCUGCGGCAUGUUUGUAAAUGGCCCGUAUGCUCUUAUAACAACUGCUGUCUCAGCCGACCUAGGAACACACCAUUCAUUAAAAGGGCACUCAAAGGCAUUGGCAACUGUGACAGCAAUCAUAGAUGGAACAGGUUCUGUUGGUGCUGCAAUUGGACCAUUAUUAACUGGUUACAUCUCUGCCAAGAGCUGGAGCGCGGUUUUUACUAUGCUCAUGGCAGCAGCUCUAGUUGCAGGGCUACUGUUGACAAGGCUUGUAGUGGCAGAGGUGGCUGCAAGGAUUUCUGAAUCAAGGUUACAAGGAGGGCCCCAAUCAGGAUCUCAAGCUGCGGAAUUGGAUGUAUGAUUUAUUUCGAGGGGCAACAGAAGCUCCAUCUGUAUAAAGUGUGUGAUUUUCAUAGUCUUUCUUAGCUCUAGUUAUAAAAUGAAGAGGUAAGAUCCUUUCAUUAUGGCUUGGGCAAGGAGAAGAUUUUUGUACCCUUCUCCAUGAUGUUAGUUUGAUUACCACCCAUGGGGUUUCUGUUAUUUUUUUUUCCUUUGAGUUGGAGAAAAAAAAAAGAGAAGAAAGGGCAGGGAGACAGAAUGAUCCAUGUCCAUCUGUAUGUACAUUUGAUAUGCUGUAUUAUUUUAAGCAUGCAUUAUUCAAUAUUAUUUGCUUCUUCAGACUUUCACCUUUA